AAUGACACUGAUAUGUAAUAAAAAGCCUGAUGAAUGGUGAUAGGCCUGAUUCCAGUAUAUACCAGUGAACUCUGUACAACAUUGAGAUUUGAGAAGUUAGUUCACCACCAUAGCUACCACACCAUCCAGCCUACCGAGACAAGAGCUGCUAAUAUGGUGCCAUCAUAAUUACUAAUUUCGAAGUUUGGAAUAAAUUAUGAUUGCAACUCGCCCAUUUUGUUCGAAUAUAUCUCGCAGUUUUCGUGCUUUGAUAACCGGUGCUCCCGGCUCGGGAAAAGGGACUAUAUCAUCAAGAAUUGUUCGUGAUUCUGGUUUGGUUCACUUAUCAAGCGGAGAUGUUCUGCGUCUGCAUGUCAAACAAGGCUCUAAGCUAGGAACGAAGGCAAAGGAUUACAUUGAUCGAGGUGUAUUACUACCAGAUAAUCUUAUCGUAGAACUUAUGAUCAGUGAAAUCGAUAAACUUUCAAACAAACGUUGGUUAUUGGAUGGAUUUCCCAGAACAAUUGAGCAAGCAAUGCAAUUGGAUAUGAGGCAAAAGUUUGAUAUAGUUAUCAAUCUUGAUAUACCAUUUAGUGAAAUUAAGAGAAGAAUUGAGCAAAGAUAUGUGCACUUGAGCAGUGGACGUGUUUACCAUCUUGAGUGGAAUCCUCCUAAGACACCUGGGAUUGAUGAUAUUACAGGAGAGCCACUUGUGCAGCGCGAAGAUGACAAGCCUGAGACUGUUGAUGCAAGGUUAAACAUUUUCCAAUCCCAAAUGACUCCUGUGCUCGAGUUUUACAGCAAGCAAGGAAUUUUGAAGACAUUUUCUGGCACAGAGUCUGAUGUUAUAUAUCCAGAAAUUAAUGAAUUUUUAAGGAAAGUUCUACCAAAGUGAAUUAUGCAAAAUGUCUAUAAUGCUUUGUGGCAAUAUAUAUUAAAAGCCUGUGAAUUUAAUUAAAAUAGAAACAAUAUAAUAAUAAAAUAUAAAUAAUCAUAUUGGAGAAAGACCACAAUUUGCAGGAAUUAGCAAAACUAUCAUGCAUCUAUUUAAUUCCUGUCCAUGAGAAAAUAUCAAUACAUUCAGAGCAACAGGUAAAAUAUAACCCAGCCUGGUCAUGUUUGUCAAUUUGGACAGUGAAAAAAUGGAUUGUUGCAUUACCAUGUUGUUCUACUAAAUCAUUUGUGCAUUGUUCGUUAGGAAAACCUACGGGAAUGAUAAUCAUAUUCGUAUAUAUAUCCAUGUAGCAUACAAAACAGCAGCUAAAUUUUUUACAAAAAGGCCUAAAUCCAAAACACAAAAUAAACUUAAAUCAUAA